UUUUUUUUUAUAUUAUAUAUUUUUUUUCAAUCCUCCCUCGGAUUUGUCAUGGUCGUCGGCGCCGCACCGACCGUUUUCUAACGUAUGCUUACGGUCGACGAGUGACCACCGCUACCGCCCCGCCGACGCCGCGAGUAUGUGCGUGUUCUUCACUAUUCUCAUACUCGUACCGAUGUGGCACUCGGUGUGCGGCCAAUACCAUCACAUCAACGCGUCGUCCGGUCCGCAGUUCAACUAUGACGCGCCGGACGACUGCGCGUGGAAGGUCCGCGACGGUCACGGCGACGAGGUGCUGCUGGCGUGCAAGCUCCGGACCAUCAACAGCGAGAUAGACACCACAAACUUCUCGGCCAUACCGUCCGAGCACACCGUUUCGUUGCUCAUAUCGUGUGAUCCUGCGAUCACGGCCCUCAGCUCGAUGGAGAACCAGAGUUUCGCCCACCUCGUGCGGCUCCGAGAGCUCGAGCUGGAAGCGUGCAAGUUGGCCCGGUGGCCGGCCGCCACUCUCGCCGGGCUCACAGACCUCCGAAACCUGACCGUCAGGACGGGCAUGUCUGAUUGGCCGGAUGCCGGCAUGACCGUCGAAGUAGCGGCUGGUAGUUUCGCGCACGCCGGCCGCCUGGAACGGUUGGAUCUGAGCACCAACAACAUGGUGGCGCUGCCCGAGAACGCGUUUUGUCAGCUACCCAACCUGGUUAUUUUAAACCUGAGCAGGAACCGCAUACAGGACGUUGCUGACUUGGGUUUCGGGGAACGCGCGCCACCGCCACCACCGCAGCCGCUAAUCAGCGGCCGCGAUGAAGUGUACGACGCAAACCCGUACUUGAAGAAGCCUUCGUCCAGUCAGUGUCCACUCGAUGUUCAGUUCGUCGACGUAUCGUGGAACCGCAUUGCCGUAAUGCCGUCCAACGGUUUCAUCUCGUUGCGUAGGCUCACUGAGCUGCGACUCACCGGCAAUGAGAUAUCAGUGGUCAACGAUAAGCCGCUUGGUGGGCUUACGGGCCUAGAGAUUCUUGACAUAUCUUGCAACAACAUAAUAUCGUUGCCCGUCGACAUGUUCAAGGACGUAGCCGAUAGUAUCAAGCAAAUCCACUUGCAAGAUAACUCAAUCAGCGCUUUGCCAUCAGGUCUGUUCGUUAACCUGUACCAGUUGACUUCACUAGACCUAUCGUCAAAUCUGCUCACCAGCACUUGGAUAAACGCUGGUACGUUUACGGGUCUUAUUAGGCUGGUUGCGUUGAACUUGUCGAAUAACAAAAUAUCGAAGCUUGAUCCAACGAUAUUCCACGAUCUAUACACGUUACAAAUAUUAAAUUUAGGGGGUAAUCUGAUCGACUCAAUACCAAACGAUGCAUUCAUACCACUUCGGAACCUCGACACGUUAGUGCUGUCAAACAACAAAAUUGUAGAUAUCAGCCCAUUGGCUCUGAACGGCCUAUACGCGCUGACUCUGCUUUCGUUGGAUGGAAAUAAACUAACAGACGUACACGAGGACUGCUUCAAGAAUUGCACCACACUAAGGGAAUUAAACCUAAGCGGGAACGUUUUAAAAACUGUUCCAUUGGCUUUGAGAGAAAUGAGAAUGCUAAAAAAUGUAGAUCUUGGAGAGAACAAUAUCGAUUCCAUAGACCCAGAUUCGUUUUACGGUAUGUCAAACUUAAAUGGUCUGAGAUUGAUGGGAAAUCGGCUCCGCAAUAUAACUUCUAACCUAUUCGACAAUUUGGUUUCACUGCAAAUAUUAAGCGUUGCACACAAUCAGAUCGAUUUUGUGGCUCCGGACGCAUUUCAAAACAUUUCGAGCAUAGAAGCGAUCAGGCUGGAUGGUAAUCGACUAUCGUCGAUAGAACAUAUAGUUCGCAACGUGUCCAGUUUGAGGUGGCUAAACGUUUCCGAUAACGUCCUAAAUGAUUUUGAUUACGGAAUGUUACCGGAACGGCUAGAAUGGCUUGCCAUGCACAAAAACUAUCUGACUGAAUUGUCCAACAAAAACGGUGUCAAUAUCAAAAUCCGUCAGCUGGACGUGAGGUACAACUAUUUGACGUACAUCAGCCCGGCCUCCAUACCCGAUAGUGUAGAAAUACUACUUAUGAACGACAACCAGAUUAUGACUGUGGAGACAGGUACUUUCUUGCGGAAGACCAACAUUACCCGGGCCGAUAUGUACGCGAAUCAGAUCGGCCAGAUGGAUAUGAAUGCACUGCGCCUGGCACCCAUCCACACGGAUAGACCACUGCCGGAGUUCUACAUCAGCGGAAAUCCGUUCCAGUGUGACUGUAAAAUGGAGUGGCUGCAGCGCAUCAACCUGCUGUCUGCGAUGCGCCAAUACCCGACGGUGAUGGAUUUAUCGUCAAUUUAUUGCAAGCUGCUGUACAACCGGGAGAACAAGUACGUACCACUGUCUGAAAUCAAUGCAGCGCAAUUCGUAUGCACUUACAAGACACACUGUUUCACCGUGUGCCAGUGCUGUGAGUUUGAUGCGUGUGAUUGCGAGAUGACAUGCCCAGCGAACUGCACGUGCUACCAUGAUCAGCCGUGGUCGUCCAAUAUUGUUGACUGUUACUCAUCCAACUACACCCAGCUUCCAGCCAAAAUUCCUAUGGACGCCACAGAGGUCUAUCUGGACGGGAAUCUGUUUACCCACCUAUCCAGCCAUGCGCUACUGGGUCGUAAGAACCUGCGUAUUCUGUUCGCUAACAACUCAGGCAUCCGAUCGGUGCGCAACGAUACGUUUACGGGACUUAAGCGCCUGGCUGUACUGCACCUGGAGGACAAUCAGAUCGAAAGGUUCGACGGAUCUGAGUUCAACACUGUGGAGAACCUCAGGGAACUUUACCUGCAGCACAAUUACAUUAGCUAUAUCAGCAACAUGACGUUUGAACCACUUAAGAGCCUGCAGGUGCUGCGACUCGACCACAAUAGACUGUACGAUUACGACUCUUGGAUGUUGUCCACCAAUUUGCGUCUGGCCGAGCUGUACCUAUCCAACAACCCGUGGUCAUGUGACUGUGAGUUUGUCCAAUCAUUUCGACGGUACAUGAUAGCGGCUGGUGAUAAAGUCGCAGACUCGGCCGCUGUCACGUGCCAUGCCGAUGGCAACAGGGACGUAAGUAUUCGAGACCAAAAUGCCACUGAAUGUAGUUCAUUUUUUGGUUCCAUCGUAGAAAACCGUAUCGUCAGGGACGUACUGCCUACGGCACUAACAGCUGUGUGUAUAAUUUUAGCUCUGGUGCUAAUCUUGUACCUUGUAGUCGUGUACAGAGAAGAGUGUCGCGCUUGGGUUUACUAUAAAUGCGGAUUCAGAAUAUGUCAUAAAACCGUACCAUUCGAAGAUGACAGGAUGUUCGACGCGUACGUCACGUACAGCCUGAAAGAUGACGGUUUCGUUGCUCAGAUGCUAGCCCCCGGGCUGGAACAGGGCAACCCGAGGUACAGGGUAGGCCUACAUUAUCGAGAUUUUAAUGUCAGCUCGUUUGUCGCUGAUACUAUUGUGGAAGCUAUUGAGUCAUCCAAGAGAACAAUUUUGGUAGUUUCAAAAAAUUUUGUAGAAUCUGAAUGGUGUCGAUUUGAAUUCAAAUCGGCACUGCACGAGGGUCUCAAGGACAAAAAGGGACGGCUCAUUGUGGUCGCACUCGGCGAAAUUCAGCCAAAGGACGUCGAUCCAGAACUUAGAGUUUACAUGAAAAAUUCUAUACAAGUGAACUGGGGUGAUCGAAUGUUCUGGGAAAAAUUAAAAUUCGCUAUGCCGGAUGUCAGUAAGUGUCAAAGCUUGAUGUCCCGGUCCAGAAACGGUGUAAAUAUUUAUGCGACACCAUUGAGAACGUCCUAUUCAUUCGGUAGCCAGCCACCAAGGACUGCUUCAGUGCAGUCGAGCAAGUAUUACUUGUCACCAGCGUACGUGGAUUCUUCGCAGCAUCUUUGGGCGUGAUUUGCCAAAGUGUCUAUGCAAUGUCAAUGAAGAGGCCGCUCAAAACCAAAAAUUACAAAUAAAUCUUUUUAACACGAUCCUUUUAAUAUAUAUAAAAA